CACGCAAAGUCGCGAAAAUGAAGACGGCGUUGAUAUUGAUAGUGGCGGCUGCGGCCUACGUUUCUGCCUCUCCGCAAGCAUCAGGCAGCGUCCAUAUUCAAUUGAACGCGGACCCGACACCCUCUUCGCCUCCUGAUUUUAGCGCCGUUAUCGGGAAAUCACUGUCCGACCACAUUUCCGCGAAACUCGCCAUAUUCAAACAAUUCCACCGGCUCAAAGUCGGACUCAUUAGGUUCAUGGUGUCGAUUUACACGACGGAAAACUUGCAGUUCCUCCGCACCCUCAUCGAAUUCGGCGUGAAGGCCGGCAACUUGGCCCUCGUGUGGAUACCGACCUCCGCAGAUUUUUCAUUCCAAUGGCUGGUACCAAUUUUCACGCAGUUUUUGAACCUAAGUAUCGGCGCCUCAGCUACCACCGACACCUCCGACGAGUUUAAGUACGACGAAGCGACUCCUGACGUCACGUUUAACCUUGGAAUAAAUACCCAGAGUUCCACAGCGGAUCCGGACAUAGACGAGAGGAUCAGCAAACGGGAAUCCGACAUAGUGGUGGCCCCGGAACACGACGAAUUAAAUUUUAGCGACAGCGACGCCGUCCUUAAAGAUUACGAGGAGAGGAUCUCGAAUUUGGACCGGCUGAUCAACGCCAUGCGAAGCGCGUAA